GAAAAAAAAAAUCAUUUAUAAUUUUAUUACUUUCUACGAAUACAUUAUUAGUGUUUUAUUAUUAUUAUUAUUAUUAUAUACACUGCGAGUAGUUUAUCUGCUGAGAAUUCUGUCCCAGUUUUGCUCGGUUCAAGUAUUUUGCGGAUUAUUCCCUUUCUCUUCAGAACAAGUUUCGAAUCAUGAACGCCGCCGCACAGUCAGCUGCAGGUAAAACGUAGUUGCUUGUAUUACUUUUCCGACCACCUUGGUAUCGGUGGUUGUUUUAAUGUCCAUCGACUUUGUUACGUGUAUGUGUAAUUCAAAAUAAUCAAUUAACACCCAUAUUGUUUUCUUCAUGUCAACAACAGCUUUGAUGCACAAUGGGUUAUCGGAGGAUAAAUCAAGAAAACUUCAAAUGCAGUUGAUGAUGGAGAAGUUGCGCAGCAAAGCGCUCCAAUCGCAAUACAAACCAUUGACAGAUUCUAUUAAAAACAUCAAAUUAGCUCUGCUGGUGAGUUAAUUACUACCCAUUAAAUUACAGCCUAACAUUCUAUGUAUGGUUUAAAAGCACAGUUCAUUUUUCAUUCUUACAAAAUCCUAUCUCCUUUUUUUCUUUUGUGUAAUAUAAAUGUAGAAGUCUACCAUAAAAUAAGUUAAUAGUGUAUUUGUAAUGACUAAUGAAUGUAAUGUUUGCGAUAACGGGUCCGCAAUUAUUAAAUGUAAGCAAUAUUCCUUAUACUCUUAUCUGAAAUAGAGUAUGACGGAACCUAUAAUUUGUUUGCUAUAGACAAUUCAAAGACAAGUAUACUAUAAAUAUAAUCAAAUAUUAUCAUUAGACACCUAGAUUAUAAUGAGUAAAUUUUACUUUUAAAUGUUUUAAUAACAUUUUUCUUAUUCAAAGACCAUUAAUAUAAUUAAUAUAUAAUAAUCCUUGAAUUUCCAUAUUAUGGGAAAUAUUCAGCCAUUAAAUUCAAUUAUCAUUAUUGUUUUUGAGGAAAAAGAAACAUUUGCUUAUUUACAAGGUACUUUUCAGACUACCUACCUGAUUAAUUAUUUACUUAGUUGCUUAUUGCUGUUAGCUGUCUUGUCUAGUUCCUCUCCAUAAUUCAGAUCUAUUGUUAAUUUAUUCCUGAGUUUUUCAUAUUAAAGCUAUAUCAUGCACUGUGGUACCUCCUCUAACUUGUUAUCCCCAUAAAUAUAUGAGAUGAGACAAACUACCUAAAUCUUGUACUUAUCUUAGAAUUCCUUAUACUGUUUGACAAAAUUUUACAUCGGCUAUCGACCCAUUUGUUACCUCUUAUGACAGAGGUACUGUGAUAGUAUUCUAAUACUCUUCCCAAAACUAACGUAUUGCGGACACUUAUUUAAGAUAAGCAACUGUUGUAAAUAAAUGUGAAAUCAAUAUAUAUUCAUAUAAGUAAAUUUUGUUUAAAACCAUUUAAAACCAUUAAUCAUUUCAAAUCAUUAAUUAUUUUGAGCAGGAAUCAGUUAAAUAUUUUUCAAUGAAUUUAAAUUAACAUUUUAUUAAUUUGCAACUACAAAUUAAAUCAAAACUAUUUGUGUUUUAAAAUAAUUUUAUCAUAAAUUUGAACUUAAUUCAUUAAGUUCUGGAUGCCAAUAAAAAUAAGUAUAUUUUUAAUAUUCAUUGUCCACAUAAUAUCAAAACUUGAAUGUCUAGAAAAUGAUAAUUUAAAUAGUUAGUAUAAAUUUCAGAUCUUUAUAAUUAUUUUCCACCAAGUUUACAAUAAAAAACACUAUUGUUUAAAACAGAAACUGUUGUUUCAUAAAUAUUUUUUUCCGAAUAACACAAAUUAUUAAGGAAAAUCAAAUAAUGGCCUCUUCAAUACACCAAUUAGACAUAAUUGACUACCAGAAAAAAUCCUUGAAGUUAAUAAUUGAAAUAAGACUUGUGAUCAAAACCUUGUUAAAAAAAAAAGAGCAACACAUUAUAUUAAAACUAAUACAUUUUUCACUUAGUACAAAAUGACAUGCUUUAUAAAUUAAUAAAUUGAUAUUGUUUUACAAUUUACAGUGACAAGCAAUUAAAUUAUAUAAUUUAAUCACUUGGCUCAAUUUAAGUAUUUAGUAAAUUAACAAAAUUAUAUUUAAAUAAUAAGGCAUAUUAAUAAAAAUGUUUAUAUAGACUAAAUGUUUAUUUUUUUAUUUUUAUGAAAUAUUUGUAUAUAUUUAAUUUAUAUUUAGGAGAAACGUAUAAAUGUUGAUCCGAAUGAAAAAUGCCUAGUUCAAAAAUCUCUCGAUCUAUUACAACAAAAUAUUAAAGUGACAACAUUACAAACAAUGAUUGAACGUUUAGAUAGUGUCAGCAGACAUUUAGGGUAACUAUAAUUGCUUGUUAUGUUUUGUAAUUUAAAAUAAUUAGGUAUUUAUAAAUUUAAUUUUUCUAGCCUCAAGUUUACUGUCGGACCUUCUGGUAAAGAUAUAUUUGUGUCAUCAGAUAUGUUUUACUUGGAAAUUAUUUUAGAAGAAAAUGGGGGAGUGAAAGAUGUGAAAAUUCAUCAUGAUGGAAAAUCAGAACAAGUAAAAUUAUUUACAUUAAAUAUUAAAAAAUUGUUUUAUCGAAUUAUUUAUUGAAGGAUUUUCUUUUUCUUUUAGCAUAAAGUUAUGUUUAAGAAAGGAAAAUACAAUGCAUUUAAAAAAAAAAAAAUCAUCUUUGAUUUCUAAGUAUAUUGAUGCGAGUGAGAACAAAGAAUCUGAUGAGAACAUAUAUUAUUAGAGUAUUCAUUACAAUAUUACUUUUAUUUCAUCUUAGAAUAUUUUAAAUAAUGACCAAAAAUAUUAUUUUAUUUUUGAUAGUUAACUGUACCAUACAAUUUUUUUUAUUCUGUAAUGAUAAUAGUUCGAACACCAGUCAAAACUAAGUUUUUCUAAAAACAAAAUACAUAGGUUAAAUUCUAGGGUUAACUAGAAGGUUAACUUAAGUUAGUUACCUUAAGUAAUGCUACUUAGUUAUAAUAGAAAACAUUUGUUUUUUUUUAAUUUUCCCUGAAAAUAGAGUCUAUUGCUCGGUAUUGUGUUUCUUAUACAAUAUAAUAUGUAUUAUUAUUUUUUUUUCCUGCUAAUUAUGAACAAAAUUUAGAGAGGUUCCCUCUGGACUCAUGAGCUCAAACUCAUGAAUCAUAGUUGUAUUAAAAGUGGAUUGUAGAUAUAAUCGUUGAAUUUCACUAAAUUGUCGAGAAAGAAGUGUAUUUUUUUUUAGCUUUCAACACCCCUACAAACCAUCUAAUUUAAACCAGAGGAAUAACAUUUUUUCUGUCAUUGUUUACUUAGCAAAAACUCAAGUCAUUUUUAACAGAUGUUACAAAAACUGUAGCAGGGAAAAUCAAAAAAUGACAUACUCAGUGCACUAACCCAACUAAAAAUGCUACAAGAAAAUUCAAGAUUUUUAGUAGGAAUAGUUGUUUACAAACAAAAAAAUAAAAAACAAAUUAACAUGUUUUUGCUUGGUAGCCAACGAUAUGCACACUGUCAGUAUUAAGGAUAUGUAUUUAAGAGUUCUAACUUUCAAUUUUCAUCAUUCUUGUGUUAAAAUUGUACACUUUUGGAACCAUAGUAUAGUAAGUUGUACUAUAUAAUUAUUUGUUAUAGUAUUCGGUUAUUUAUUUUUUCUAUCAUACAAAAGAGGGGAGGGAGAAAGACAUUUUUCUCUAGUGACAAAGUUCUAUUGUUAACGAGUUUUUUUGUAAAGGUUAAAAAACAAAUGUUUUCAGCUAUGACUUAUUUAAUUUUAUUUUUAUUAGUAAAACCAAGUUUUGAUUGGCAAUAGCCAAUAGAUUUUAACAGUAAUAUAAAAUAUUGUAAUUUUAGCAUUGAUAGGUUUUAUAAUUAAAUUAAAACUUUUUAUGGAACACUAUUAAAUACUUUAUAAUGAGGUAUACAAAUAUUUAUUUCAAUUUUUAUUCUAUUGAAAGUAGUUCUGUAUAAUUUCUUAAUUAUUUUUGCCAAUUAGAUAAAUUAUAUUAUUCUAUAUGUGAAUAUUUGUAUGUUUUACUUAAAUAUUGUUAAUAAAUUUUGUUUUAGAGCUGUGCUGAUUUAAUAAAAAGUCUCACCAAAUGUGAUUUUGCUGAUUUUACAUCUCAACUUGAGGGCUUAGCAUCUAUUUAUCAACUGAACGCCGAUAAAAUUGUCAAAUGUCGUGCUUUUAAUGCUCUUCAAACUCUGGAAACAGAUUUAGAAAUGUUUGCCCAAGUUCAUUAUACUUAUCACAAAGAUUUAAUAUCAAUGGUACAUAAAACACCAUUGGGGGUAGUUAAACCUAGAAGAGGAGGUACACAAAAUUAAUUCAUAUCAGAAAUUAUCAAAACAAAGAAAUUCAAUUUUUAACAUUAAUUAUAAAUUUUUUUUUUCUUUAGGUCACCCAAUGAAAUUAAUUUUUUUUGUUUCCCCAUAUGAUUUGUUGGAUGUAGAAAAUAAUACUAUGAUGAAUUUAGACAAGGAAAGUCUUGAUGUUGGUUGUUUUGCCACAGUGUGUAUUGAAGCAGCUACUACAACAAAUGUUCAAUCUACUUCAUUAUUGAGUGCUACCCGUAGUGCAAAUGGAAUAAAGUAACUUUGAUUAUGUUUUUAUAAUUUAUAUAUCAUUUAAUUAAACAUUUUUUUUCAGUUCACCAAUAUUUGUGCCAUUUACUGUUCAGAACAGUAUUACUCUUCCCGCAGUAUUUGUUUUGAGAUUAAAUGAACCAAUGCCAAUUUGUCUCCAAUUAGCCGAAAAUAUAAAAUCUGUGAUUGAAAUGGAUUUAGAAAUGUCAUCACCUAGAUCUUUACUCCGGAUGAUUAUUGAACCGAGUUCUCAACCUCUCAGUGUUGUAAGUUAUAUACAAUUUUAUUGCAUAAAUAAUGUUGAGUUAUUUAUCUUACCGUUAUAAUAUUUUAUUUUUAUUUUUAGACAUUACCAGAUCAGCAACAUUGCUAUUUUUUAACAGAUUCCAACCUAAAGGGUGUAUUUAUACAAAACAUAAAAUUUACACAUCCAUCUCAAGUUACUAGAGUUAUUGCCUAUCUUCGACAACAAGCAUUGUUUAAUUGUUUGAUUCGUUCAUGUGUGCGUCCUGAAUGUCAACAAGGUAAGCUGGAGCAAUAAUUAAAAAUUAUUAACACAUUUAUUGAAAGUGUAUUGGUUUACAGAAAUCAUUAACACCAUUGUAUUUGAAAUUGCUGCGUAUGAAGAAAUGUCUUGGCAACAUUUAGUUGUGUCGUUCGAACAUCCAAUUGAAGAAAGUUUGGCAACAGCUGAAUUUGAUCUUUCCGAUAUAUCUAGAUUGCAGUGUCAGGUAUAUACUUCAUCAUCAGAAACAAAUGGAGAAUCAGUUUUAACUUCCCCUGAAUUUGCUAGUAAAGUACUGCAAAGGUCAGUGCAUAUUAUAGAGUUACAAUUUUAGACCGAUAUUUAUGUUUUGAAAUAUUAUUUCAGAUGUUUCUCAAUUCCGAUUACAAUGAGAAGUCUUAUUCAAACGUGGGAACGAGAAAAUCAACAAAGCCUUGAAACUAACAUUAAAAACAAUUUGUCUGGAACUGGAGGACCGACCAAUUUAGGAGAUAACUCUGAUUUAAAUCAACACUUUUCUGACCCUACAGCUGGUCCAGAUUUUUCAUCUGAUCUAGAUGUUAAACUUGAACCAUUAGAUGGAGCUAGUUCUCUUGAUUGUUUUCCGGCUUCUAUGAUUCAAAGGGAUUUAGAUCAAUAUAUUUCUGAUCCCUCAUUUUUGCCUGAUAUAGAUUUUAAUCAAUUUCCAAUGGAUGUUGAUCAAGAAGAAUCAAAAGAGCAGUCGUCUUUUAGGGAUGCCAGCCUUCAAGAAGAUCCUCCUGAUCCAAAAAAUUCACCUACUAAAACCGAAGAACUUUUAAGCAUACUAGCCGAUGAUAAUGGAAAAGGUGAAGAUGACAAACCACCUCCAGAUACAGGUCAAGUAGCUAUUGAGUCGUCCAGUGAUGAUUCGGUUGAAAAAAGUAGUUCCACAAUUUCUGGAGAAUUUGAUGCUAUUAAUGAAGAUGUUGAACAAUCUAACCAAUCACUAUUUGAAAUGGAUGAUGAUGGUCCAGAUCUUCAUGACCUUAAUGAUGUAAAAGAGUUCAUUAAAAUGACCGCCAAAGAUGUGGCACUAGUUUCAAUGAAGGAUGAAGAAAAAAAAGAAAUUUCAUCAGAUAAACUUCAUCAGUCUCCAUCUGUGAGCAUUACGGCUGUUGACUUAAGCUCUAUUCCUUCUCCACAGUUAUUGCCACAAGUGACUGUUGACAGAAGGCCUAAUAUUGAAGUUAUACCCAUACCGAUUGUACCCAGCUCAAUUACUAUAACUCCUAUUUCUGCAAAGACUAUAGCUGAAGAGAAAUCUAAAAAAAGCAAAAAGGAUGUUGAUGGAAAAGUAGAAAAGAAAAGAAAAAGAAAACUGGAUAAUGAAACCAAUGUGCCUGAAAAAAUUAAAAAACACUCUGGGUCUCUUAAAAUGUCAGAUUCCAGUCGAUCAUCAUCACCUAGUGAUUAUGCUUCAAAUCAGUUACCUUCAAGUACUAUGAUGAUGAAGUUAGGGACUGUUCAAAAAUUAAAACAAAGCACAUCACCUACUUUAUGUAUAAGUAGUGUACCAGUACCUAAUUCUAAUAAGUAUGCAGUUACUUCACCCAAGUCAAACUCUGGCAAGCCAAGUUUGUCUGCAUUAAAGAUGUCUGUGCACAGUCCUAAAAGUGAGUCUAAACAAAAAAGUAAAGAAUUAUCUAAAGAUAAGGAGAAACGUGGUUAUGCUUCUAGUAAUUCUUCCUUAAGUCAAAGCCCAAAAAGCUCCAAAACAAGUUCUAAAAAGAGUGAUAUUGAAGAACUUAGUACACCUUCUGUUCCACCAGAAUCAAAUAAAGCUCAAAUGAAAUGCCGCAAAUUAAGUGCUGUGAUAGACCGUUUGCAUUCCAAGGACAAAUCUGCUCAACAUUACUCUGUCGAUACGGAAUCAAUUAAAAACAAAGAAUCGACUCCAAAAGUGUUUGAUAAAGGAGUAGCAUUGACGACAAAUAUAAAUAUGAAAAAUCCUGAGUCUUAUCAGGUGAAACAUAGUUCUGAUGGUAUGAAGAUAACAAUUAAUAAAACAAGAACAAAGGAAUCGAAACAAAAAAGUUCAUUGGCUAGUUCACCUAAACCAGGUCAAAAAUCUGGAAAUUCAAGUGGUUUAAACAGUAAAAAAACUGCAUAUUCAGUUCCGAAACCAGGUCCAAGUUCUUCUCAAUCAAAACAAUCAUUUAGUGUACCAAAGACUAAAUCAAAUUUAACUGUUACCAAAGUAAAAUCUGGAUCGGGCAAAAUGCGCAAUGAGAAAUCUCUUUUUGCUAGGAAUGAGAUGAGAAAAUCUAGUCCAACAUCAAAAGAUGAAGAACCUCUAAAACUAGUAAACCCCGUUGAAAGCAUUAUAAAACAUAAAUUAGAUACAAGUAAAUUUCAAAUUCCGAAACUGUCUGCUAGAGUAAAUGUGGAUGAAAAGAGAUGUGCUGAAACAAAGACUGAUACAUCAAAGCCAAUGGAUUUAGCCAAAAAGAGUGACCCAGAUAAAAAGUACAGUCAGAAUGAUUAUAUUUGUCAGAAGAAAAGUACUACGGAGCGAUUGAAUUCAUUACCUGGUAUUACAGUUACUACUGUCGAAGAAAGACUUAAACCAAAAGAAUCAGCACUAAGUAGCCUAAAAAUUGAUUUGCCUUUAAUAUCUUUUCAUAAUCCAAAAGCAGAGGCAUCAGUUGAAAUGUCCGAGUGUAAAGAUUAUUCACAGAAAAAAGAAGAAAUGCCAAAUAAUUCUAUGUAUCAACAGAAACCUGUUGUUCCUGUUACAACAUAUGCUACAACACCUUCUGUUUCAGUACAUAUCCUUAAAUCUCCAGUACCUUCUCCUUUAUUAGUACCUUCACCACAUUCCGCAUCUCCUUCCAUUACAGACGAAGAGCUUAUUGACGAUGCGUUUGUGCGUGUUGGCAAAUGAUCAUCAGUUAUACAAAAGCUUGUUAGCUUUUGUAUUCAUAAACAUAACCGAUUUCCAAUAUGUUAAUUUUUGUAUUAUGUAAAUAGUGUAUUAUUAUGUUUUUCUGUGUUUAUUCUCUGAACACUAACUAUAAUUUGUUAUAUUAUUAUCUAAAUAUUUUUUUUAAGAUCAUGAGCAAAGCAUAACGGUUUAUUAUAUUAUUUUAUUGAUUUAUUUUUAAUUUCUAACAUAUAAUUUAUACCAAUUAUAAUUGGUAUUCAUUGAAUCCAUUGUUUUUUAUUUAUUCAUAAAACUUAAAACAAAUAUCAACUAAAUGUAUUUUUUAGAAAUUUGUGAUAAUUAAUAUAAUGUUAUUUCAAUUUAGGAAAAUAAGUGAUUAAAUGUUUUAUAUUUUGAUCUCAAAUAUUUCUAGAGAACAAAUAUAAUUGACAUAAAAUUUAAAAUGCUUGUAUAUUAACUAAAUAAAUUAUAUUACCAUUUGUUAUAUUUUUAAAUUGUUUUAGUUAAAUAGAUAAUACCUAAUUAAAUAUAGUCAACAAAUUUCCC